CACAUACGUAAACACGAAUAAUAUUGCAUUAUUUUACAACAGUUUUCUCUUCAAUUUUCCCCAAGAAUGCCUAACGAUAGUAGAAUAGUUGCUGCAGAUUCCCCAGUGCAGCCCCUUUUCGACGUAGUACCGUUUGAGUGUGCCGAAAUCAAAACAGAACCAUUAGAUGACGAGGAUCCCGAUUCAGGCGCGGUUUUCGGCCGGACUUGCAAUAAACCAGCUAGUAGCAGCAGUGUGGCUGUUCAAACCGCCAAACGAAGAGUGAUGAGCCGAAGUAUUCAGGUGGAUUUACAGUUGGUGACACAGGAAUCACUUGCCAGUGCUCAAUUAGGGUUUCCCGGUGUGGAUGAAGCACUCAGUUUGGAUCCAACGACAGGGUCAUUGGAGAAACAAUGCCGCAUAUGUUUGCGACAGCUGCCUGAGACUAGCUUGUCGUAUAUCGUGUUUGCUCAGAAAACCAAAAUUCUUAAUGCACUGGGCGUGAAGAUUUAUCUGGGCGAUGCUUAUCCGUUCAUUUGUCGAAACUGCUCAGCGCUAGUGGAUAUGAUGUAUGAUUUUCGGAAUACUUGUAUAAAGGCGCGAAACAUGCUGGUACAUGAACGGAAAUCGAUUCAAAGCGAUGGGUGGGACUCCGUCGAAAAUCUUGAGGUUAUUGGACGUUGUAAGGCGUUUAUAGAAUCACACAAACAGACUAUUGAUCGCGCCUACGAAACUUCGUCUUUACAUAAAAUUUCUGUAGUCGAGGAAGAAGUUAAGGUAAAACCUGAAGCCAUUGAACUAGUAAUGGUGGAUCAAAUUACGACUAAACAGCCAGCGCUGAAUACUAAUAACCUUUCCUUGAAAGAAGAGGCGGAUUCCAGUAAUCAUUCCCAAAAUGUUGACACGAAAAUAGAAUCAAGCAGUUGCUCUUCGGCUCAAGGAGAUAGUUCAGACGAAAGUGACGACCGCUUGGAUGAUGAUUUCGUAAUAGAUUCUGAAGUGGAAGACUAUGCACCAAGCCCUGAACCGCAGUCGAAGUCAAGUAAAAAAAAACGUAUAAGGAUCGUUACGAAGCCCUACCGGAAACGUCAGAAAGCGAUACGACCGAAGACAGAUGAUCAUCUGGCUUUGCAGGAUGCCGAUGGUAAAGUGCGGAAAAGGCGAAAAAAUGCGGCUGACCCAAACCGUAAACGAGGAUCGUUGUGCGAUUUCUGCGGCGAAUGGGUCGAGUACCAUACAGUGGAGAGUCACAAAAAUCAGCAUUUAGGGAUCAAACCGUACACGUGCCAAUCAGAAGGUUGUCGAUUGUCGUUUUACUGUCGCAAUUUGCUGAUUAAACAUAUCAAAAGGCAGCACAGAGCAGAAGGUCCGGAAUACAACGACUGCGAGAUUUGUGGUCAACGUAUCAAGGGUCCCAAGGCUGCUCUGAAAAAGCAUCAGAAAACGCAUACCGAAGAGAAGAAUUACAUUUGCGCUGUUUGCGGCAAAGGAUUCACCACACAGGGUUAUCUGCGGCAACAUUCAAUUAUCCAUACCGAUUUGAUGCCAUUCGAAUGUAGCGUGUGCCACCGGAAAUUCAACAAUAAGUACAAUAUGUUGACCCACGAAAAGAAGCACCAACUGCGGGGUGAAUUGUUUCCUCCCGAUGCUGCCAGCGCCGCUGGUGCUACUCAAGCAGUUGAAUUAUCUACUCCUUCCUUGCCGUCGUCGUUGCCAGAAGAAUAUCCAGUCUAUCAGCAAAACUAUUCCGCCCAACAUCAGGCACUGUUAAUGCACCCACAUUGAGUGGACGAUAUUUACUGUUUCUUUUGUUUUCGGGGGGAAAGUUGACUGGGAUUUGAAGAAACUAAUAAAAGCAAUUUUGUGGACUUAUUGAGAAUAGAGAACAAAGCUCUGUGCGAUGAAACGAAAAACCUACUGUUUCGAUUUGUU